UGUCAGCCUUGGCCACCGACCCGGGAGCCCGACGGAGGCAGAGGACCCCCUGGCCGGGCCUGGGCCGCAUCGCCCGCUCCCCCCGGCCCCCGUGAGCCCGGGCAGAGGCCGCCGGCAUGGGGCAGGAAGAGGAGCUGCUGCGAAUCGCCAAGAAACUGGAUAAAAUGGUGUCCAGAAAGCACACGGAAGGAGCCCUGGAUCUCUUGAAGAAGUUGAAUGGCUACAAGAUGUCAAUCCAGUUACUGCAGACCACCAAGAUUGGGAUUGCCGUCAAUGGGGUCCGUAAGCACUGCCUGGAUAAGGAGGUGGUGGCGUUGGCCAAAAUUCUCAUCAAGAACUGGAAACGGCUCCUGGAUGCCCCUGAGACCCCCAAAAAGGAGAAAUCGAUGGAAAGAGAAAAAGAGAAGAAGAAAGAACAAGGGGUUGAUCUUUCUGACUGGAAACCACUGGGGGCCUUUUCCCCGCAGAGCAAAAGCCCAAGGGCAGAGCCCAAGGACAGGAGAGAUUCUUCAGAGUCCGGAUCUUCCUCCACUGUCUCCUCUCCAUCUUUCUCCUCUUCCUCCUCUUCAUCUCCUCAGAAGAGGCCAGUGGAGAGAUCUAACAGCAGCAAAGGGAAAGUGGAGACCCCAAAGACACCCACUAGCCCCUCUUCCCCUACAUUUUCUCCAUCGAACUGCUUGUUAGCCCCUUGCUACCUCACGGGAGACUCAGUCCGGGACAAGUGUGUUGAGAUGCUGUCAGCAGCCCUGAAGAUGGAUGGUGAUUACAAAGAAUAUGGAGUCAACUGUGAUAAGAUGGCCUCAGAAAUCGAAGAUCAUAUAUAUCAAGAACUGAAGGGCACAGACAUGAAAUACCGGAAUAGGGUACGCAGCCGAAUCAGUAACCUCAAGGACCCCAGGAACCCCAACUUGAGGCGGAACGUGCUUUGCGGGGCCAUCUCCACCAGCCUCAUUGCCAGGAUGACGGCCGAGGAGAUGGCCAGUGAUGAGCUGAAGGAGCUGAGGAAUGCCAUGACCCUGGAGGCCAUCCGAGAGCACCAGAUGGCCAAGACCGGGGGCACCACGACUGACCUCUUCCAAUGCAAUAAGUGCAAAAAGAAGAAUUGUACCUACAACCAGGUGCAGACGCGGAGCGCUGAUGAGCCGAUGACCACUUUUGUCUUGUGUAAUGAGUGUGGCAACCGCUGGAAGUUCUGCUGAGUGGAUGCCGGCCGGGCCUGUGGUGGAUGCAUCGAGGAAACGUGAAGAAGAAGCCAUUUGGCCCACCUGCCUGUGGCAAAGGGAGACAUGCUUGCAUAGGAGGGGAGUUUGGGGUGGUACAGGCUGAACAGAGGACCUCCCCCAGAACACAAAGCCAGCCUUGGCCUCUGGCCCCAAAGCUCUUCCUGGUGGGUUAGAGGGUAUUUUUAGUGGGAACGUCCAAACUGGAGGAGCUCUGACUGAUGCUCGGGCCUCCCCGGAUCCUGUAGUAAAGUAGAAAUACGGACUUACUUAAGGGUUCACAUAGAAUGCCAAAACUACCAGAGACAUUAGAACCAAGGCUGUCAGAAAGGAGAGGCAUUUAGAGCUAGAAAGGAGCCCAUCUGGCCCAUCCUUCCCAUUUUAUAGAUGGGAAGACUGAGGCCCCGGGGAGGAGGAAUCACCCUGCCACCUGGAGGUGGCCCAGACAGCCAGUGUCAGAAAUACUUCUAGACGCUGGCGUCCCAGACACCCACAUGGGGGGGGGGGUCUUUCCCCUGCACCAUCCUGCCUCUGGGGAUUGAACGGGCAAAGACAAGGCCACCUGAGGCCUUCCUCAAUGAUUAAUUCUUCUCCAGUUUUUCUCCACAAAAAACACCAGGCUGACAAAAGUGACAUCCCUACCUGUCCCAUCACUUCCUUUGCCUAGCAACCAGUAUAUCGUUUGAUCUAAUAAUAGGUUUGACAUAGUGCAAUAGAAAGAACACAAGCUUUGGAUUCAGGGGUUGUUGUUCAGUCAUACCCAGCUCUUGAUGACCCCAUUUGGGGUUUUCUUGGCAAAGACACUGGAGCGUUUUGCCAUUUCCUUCUCCAGCCCUUUUAUAGAUGAAGAAACUGAGGCCACCAGGG